AUGAUAAUGGGCAGACAUAAUGGUAGCUUAACAAGCCGGCUCGACUUAUCCCCCACAGAAUACAAUGACAUCUCAGUGGAAUGUGGCACAUCUACAAUUUCCCUGGCCAUCCUUCUCUGCCCUGUGGUCUUCACCGGCUACAACGAAUCUCUGCUCAUUCUCAAUAAAUUGUCGGACGACCCGCAGUGCAAGGGCACCAUGGACGAGAGCGUAACCCCACCAGUCAUACGCUUUGAGUUCCCGCUCAAUGCCACCAACUCCUGUGGGAGCGUCUUCAAGACCACCAGCGCGGUCGGGACGGGCGUCUUCUCAGACUUCUCCAACAUCGAGAGGGUGAACAUCAGCGGCAUGGUGAGGUCCCACGACAUCACCACGGGGACCGUCACAUACAACGCAGAGCUGAAGUACUACUUCUCCUGCUCUUACCCUUUGGAGUACCUCAUCAACAACACCCGCUUGGAUGUGGCGACAUCAUCCAUUGCAGUGACGGACAACAAUGGGAGCUUCAUCAGUACUCUGAAAAUGGAGCUCUACAGCGAUAUCAACUACACCACCCCUCUCAUCAUACCACUGGAAGGUAUAGAGCUGAGAACCGUAGUAUUUGUCCAGGUCGUGGCAACUAACCUGACCGCACAGUACAACGUCCUCCUGGACCGUUGCUACGCCUCCACCGCUCCUAACCCCUCUGACACCAGCAUCUUCAACCUCUUUGUCUCUUCGUGCUCCAGUGACCAGUUCACGACCAUGCUGAUGAACGGCGACAACCAAAAUGCUCGCUUCUCCUUCCCCGCGUUCCGCUUCAUCGAGCAGCAGAACCAGACCGUGUCCACCUAUUAUUUGCACUGCAUCACCAGACUGUGCGAGAUUAGCACCUGCAGCAAAUUCAAGGAGUGUGGCGAAAGGAGAAAAAGAGAUGUCAAUAAUAUUGCUGACGAUGGAGUUACAAAUUCCACCACCCUCACAUCAGCAAAUCCCAUUGUUACAAGAGCUGAGAAUGUUGUCACAUCCAAAGAGGAAGGUAAGACUCUCAACUUAGCUCUUUCAGGUGGGAAUUCCAGCUCCACAACGGGACUGGGAAUCGCUGUGGGCGUCCUGGCUGCUGUGGUCAUUAUGGUUGGUGGCAUGGCAUUCCUCGUCUACAAGAGGGCCAAACGCCUUUAA